GCAACCAUAAGGGAUGACAUCAUUUUCGGCUCCAAGCUUGGCUUCGAUGAGGCGCGAUACCACGCAGUCGUUGAGGCAUGUGCUCUUGAACGCGAGCUUGUUGUUUUCGAAGCUGGUGACAUGGCUGAAAUCGGCGAGAAAAGCAUCACGCUAUCCGGUGGACAGAGAGCUCGUAUUGCCUUGGCACGCAGUGUGUGCUCGGAAGCUGACGCGAGUCUUCUGCCAGUCUAUUGUUUCCGUUAUCUUAACCGACCUCGUUACUGGAUAGUGCAUCCUUGA